UAUUUAUAAGAUAGAGGCAAAAGAUAUAUUUGACAGAUUCUGUGCAUUUAAGAUUCUUUGAAAACAAUUGUUUCACAUGAUUUUUGACAUAGGGCAAGAUCAGCACUCAGUAUUACUUAUAAAAUUGCCUUUGUUUUCUGAAAGAAUCAGAAGAAGAGAUGGGAAGCAGGAACAGAGGAGAUGUAAAUUACAGAAAUCCAUGUCUGACAAUGCAUCAACCAUGGGCUUCUUUGCUUGUUUAUGGUAUUAAACGCAUUGAAGGAAGAUCUUGGCCUGCACCCAUUACUGGUCGACUUUGGAUUCAUGCUGCUAGUAAGAUUCCAGAACCAGAAACCAUCAAAGCAAUGGAGGACUUCUACAGGGAACUCUAUGCUGUGAAUGGCGUAACAGAUCUCAAGUUUCCCGAGCAUUAUCCAGUUUCAAGACUUCUAGGUUGUGUUGAAGUAGUUGGAUGUGUCACAUGUGACGAGCUAGUCAACUGGGAUCAGAUUCCCGAAGGGGUGAGACUAGAGGGACAAACAAAAUUUUGCUGGCUCUGUGAGCAACCACAGAAACUUAUCGUACCAUUUGAGAUGCGAGGGUUCCAAGGUGUUUACAACUUGGAAAGAAAGAUAUAUGAAGCUGCAAUCCGAGGUAUUUCUCCAGUUGUGCCCCCACUUCCAGUGAAAUUUCCCCUUCCAAAUCCGCGGGAUCCUUUCUCAUUGAAGCCGAGAUCCCUUGUUUCCUCCCCAAGUAGCUCUAGUACAUCUGAGGUAAACAACCGAUCUGAAAAUCUUGUUGCUGCAAUAGCUGGUGCACGAGCGGCUGCCACACAGUUUUCUAAGAAUGGCAAUCCCCUGUCCAAUACAUUCGAGGUAGGAGAUGAUUCAAGGACAGGAAAAAGGUAUCGGAGGGCUCAAUGAUGCGCGAGUUGCUGGAAAAGCUUGGUCAAAUAACUUCAUUGUAAGUUAGUUUAUCAACAAUUAUGCAGUAUAGUUAUUUAGUUGGGGUUUUGUUGUUAUGGUUCUAAGUUUCAUUUGAAAUUAUGAUAUGUAAAUUGCUGGUCAAAAUGUUCAUGUCAUGUGUAUCAUAAGUUAUGAGAAAGGAAAAUGCAGGUAGCUUCCAGUUUCUUAAAAUGAGUCGUUUUGUUUGGUGUGAGAUAUAAGGUAUAAUAAUCUCAGAAUAAUAUGUAUGACUAUUUUAUUCUGCUUUUGGUUGGCGGUAUUAGGUAGUCCCUCAGAUUAUUUAUGCCUGUGCCUUAGUGAUGUGAUCACUUAUUCCAUAUACAUGGUGAAAUAACUUAUCUCAGGACAAUUUAUCGUCAUUCUAGAUAAGUUAUUUCAUCACGUAUAUAGAGUGACUUAUUCCAUCACUAAAACAUAAAUACUUGGGAUAAAUAAUCUUAGAACAGCCUAAUAUCUUUAAUCAAACACGGAAUUAAAUUGUCCUGCAUUUUAUUUUAAGAUUAUUAUAUCUUAUGUCUCGCACCUAACUUAACGACUCCCUAAGUAACAUGCAAUUUCACCAAUGCUAUUGCAUUGGCACUCAGUUUUUUGAACAAA